AUGUGCGCAGAUCGAUACUACUGUACAUGUUCUAGAAGCCGCGGGACCCACGUCCGGAACUCUCGAAAGUAUACUUUUGCGUGCGCUGCAGGUCCCAUUCCCCCUGAGCUGGGGAACCUCGGUGCCCUGGAAACGCUCGACCGGGGGUUCAAUGAUCUAACAGGUGCGAUCCCCGCUCAGCUCGGCGCUCUCAACAGUGUAACGUGGCUCGACCUGUCCGACAACCAGCUCAGCGGCCAUAUCCCGCCUCAGCUCGGACAGCUUGGCGCCCUCGAGUACCUCUACCUCUUCGGCAACAACUUAGAUGGUCAUAUCCCUCCGGAGCUAGGGAAGCUUGGCGCGUUGAAGACACUCGGACUCAGCGUCAACAAGUUACAUGGUCCCAUUCCGCCGGCGCUAGGAAAGCUCGCAGCGCUUCGAGAGCUAAACCUCGGCGAGAACCAGCUAAGCGGCCCCGUUCCGCCGGAGCUGGGGAACCUUGAGGCACUGAAGGAGCUCUCCCUUUCGAGUAACCAGCUCAGCGGCCCCAUCCCCGCUGGAGCUGGAAAAUCUUGCAGCGCUGCAGAUCCUCAACCUUGCAGGCGACCAGCUACGUGUCGCGGAGGCUAG